AUGAGUAAAUUGAAUUCACAAACAAACAUAACAUCUAUUCCGAGGUCUACAUCUAUGCAUUCUUCUCGAGAAAGAGAUGGAAAAGCAUCAUUGGAGAAACCCAAAUCUUCCUCAUCUGCCCUGAGAACAUUGAAAGAUACAUUGAAAUUCAAGAAUAGCUCUAAGAGUAGCAGCAAAUUACCUAAAUCAUCGUCUAAUAAUGAAUUGACACUAGCUAAUGAAAAGAUACGAAAUAAUAAGAAUCAAGUAAAGAGAAACGUAAAGGAAAAUAAACAAAGAAUGUCAGCACAAAGGGUAUCGUUAUUCAAAUAUGAUAAUGUAGAAGUAAUGAAUUGUUUUGUCCCAGUAGCAGCUACGAGACAACCUUCCUCAUCUGAAUCUACUCAUUCUAGCAACUCAACGUUACGAAAUAGAGAUACCGACACUCAAAGCGAGCAUAGUUUGAAAAGUUCCACGACGAUAAAGAUUAAGCCUACAUCUCUAAUGGCAAAGGGGCCUUUAGAAAUAUAUCAGAUUCUUACACCCAAUGCAAAAAGUGAUGAAAAGGAACAAACUAUGAAUUAUUUAUCCAUUGGUAGGAAGGGCAACCUGGUCCAUCCAUUACUACCAAAAUUACAAGUGACCAGACUAAAUGGUAAUCACGAUAACAUUGGGUUUAGAUUUUUUAUUACAUUCUAUAACCCAGAGAGAUUUUGGGAAAUUGAAUUUCUACCUACUAACGAGGAUGAUCCAGAAUCCAUAGAGGAUUUGAGGCAUGUAAUAAAAGAUUUCGAAUCUGUGAUUAGCAAAAUUUGUCAGUAUUCUAGUAUUGAGGAAGAACUAGAGUCUUCGAUACCAGAUUUGAAGAAACAAGACUCAUUGAGUGAGAAUGAUGAUCUAAGUUACCUUUUGGAGGACGAGGAAGAAGAGGAAGAUCAAGAGGGCACACAGGAAACAAACGAUGGAACGCUUCUCAUACCGAAGCGUGGGAACGACGAAGUAACGGAGGCAUUUAAGAAUGCGAUGAGGAAUUUAGUACCAUCGUGGAAUGAAAUUAAUCAAACUUCGAUCAACACUUUAGUUAGGAACCCCUCAAAUGGUAGAGAAAGAAGUAGAACAAGAAGAAUGAGUUUAUAUGAGGAAACGACCAUACUAAAGGAUUUAACUAACUUCCCUAAUAGUAUGGGAAAAAAUACGUUCUCUAAAAGCAACAAGAAAGAUAACCGUCGGUCAAUUUCAGUAUUCUCUUCUUAUAUAAUAUAG